AUGCCCGUCGAGCCCCUCACCUUCCGAUUCCUCGGCACGGGCACGUCUGCCGCUUUGCCCGUCGGCCCCUGCCUCGCGGGCGUCUCCAAGCCGUCGCGCGAUGUCGGCGAGUUCCUCAAGUUCUACGAGCAGCACUCCUCCUCCGACGCCUCCCCCUCAAGAUGGCUCGGGUACGACCCGAAGGGCGAGUGGCCGGCGAAUGUGCCGUGUGCAUCGUGCCGUGCCGCUGUCGACCGCAGCGUUCCCGACGGUUGGAAGAAUAGGCGCGGCAACCCCUCCCUCGUCAUCAGCCGCGGGGGCAAGAAUCUCCUCGUCGACGUCGGCAAGACGUUCCGCGAGCAGAGCGUGCGCUACUUCCCGCGCUGGGGGAUCAAGUCCAUCGACGCGGUCCUAAUCACGCACGGCCACGCCGACGCUUACAACGGCCUCGACGACCUCCGCGAGUGGUGUAAUCGCCAGGGAGCCGCGAUCCCCAUCUUCCUGACGCAGACGACGUUCGAGACCGUCUCCGCCUCCUUCCCAUACCUUGUGGACAAGACGAAGGCUUCGGGCGGCGGCGACCUGCCCAGCCUCGACUUCCGGAUCAUCAAGGACGACGAGGAACUCGACGUCCUCGGCAUUCAUGUCCAGGCCCUUCCGGUUGAGCAUGGCAAGUACUUCACCCCCACGCCUGCGGCCGAGGUUGGACCGAGCAAGCCCGCGACGCCGGCGCCGGGCAAGUGCUGUGGCGACGACGGCAAGGCGACGGAAGAGCACAAGGCGAGCGGCGAGCAGAAGGACGGCGCUGUCGCCAACGGCGGGGCCAACGGAGGCAAGAAGGAGGAGGUGACCUACGUCCCGCAUCCCGAGCAGCGCGUCACGACGGGGUACACGCCCUUCCUCUGUCUCGGCUUCGUCUUUGACCGCUCGCUCGUGUACCUCUCUGAUUUCUCCCUGAUCACCGACUCGCAGUGGGCGCUCCUUGACCGCGCGACGGCUCAUCACCAGCUGCCCCUCACGCUCAUCGUGGACGCCCUCUGGCCCGUCCGCCCGCAUACCUCGCACGUCUCGUUCCCAGAGGCCAUGAGCGUGGCGGAGCGCAUCAAGCCUGUUCACACUUGGGUGCUCGGCAUGACGCACCCGACGACGCAUGAGCAGUGGGCCCGCAUGGGACGUAGCGUGAAGGGAGUCGAGGAGGAGGAUGACAUCACGACGAAAGAGCUGCUCCGCAAGGUCUGGGACAGCUAUGAGAUGCGGACGAACGGGGACAAGAUCAGGCACUGGGGAGGAGACGUCGAGCCCGCUUGGGACGGACUCGGCGUUACUGUCGACCAGGAGGGCGUGCACGAGAUGCCACUGGGGCAGGGCAGUGCCGGCGGCUGGGAUAUUUAA